CAAUGGAAAUUGUGGCAAAACAAGUCUUCUAUAUCAUUAUAUUCAUGGAACAUGUAAUUUAUCAGAUCAAAUAAGAAAUAUCUAAUGUAAAAUAGACAUUGGGUGUUGAAUUUUCAUCUAAAAUAGUACAAGUGAAUCAAAAAAAGAUUAAGAUGUAAUUGUGGGAUACAGCAGGUCAAGAGAGAUAUAGAGCAUUAACAAAAGGUUAUUAUAGAGGAGCAUUAGGAGCCCUAAUAGUCUUUGACAUUACUAAGUAUAUAUUAACAGUAAUUUAGUUCAGCAUCUUUUGAAGCCUUGUAAGAAUGGAUUAAAUAUGCAAGAGAUUACUCAAAACCUUCUAUUUAGAUUAUUAUUAUUGGAAAUAAGGCUGAUUUGGAUAAGGAAAGGUAUAUUUGUAAUUUUUAAAUUGAGAACCAUUUCUCAAUAAGCUGCCAAAUAGUUUUGUUAAGAAAAUGAAGUUCAAUAUAUUGAAACUAGUGCAACAACUGGUUAUUAAGUUAAUGAAGCUUUUAUAUAAAUUGCAUCUAGAAUUUUGGAUUUACUCUAAUAAGGAUCAAUUGAUGCAAAUUUGAUUAAACCUAAAUUUUUAACCUCUAUUAAGAGUAAUGAAUAGCAAAAUGCAUAAUGUAAUUGUUGA